GAAGAACUCUCUAGGCCCCUGAAGAACCGAAAACACCCACAUCAAGCGACAUCCGUGGAACGUCAGUCAGACAAUAUGGCUGCCGUAACCAAUCACAUUGCCAGUAGCAGGAACUUUAGCCGCUCUAGAGUCCCUGCGUUGAAAGUCAAGACUACUGUGGGGGAUCCAGUCGGUUUUGAUGGAAAAGGAAAAGCACUUGCAUCCGAUGACUGGCGCAAGUAUGCGUCUGCCCCUGGAAUGUCCAACAAGGGGAACCUCCGUAAAAAGAUUGCUCAACGGUCGAGCGCUACAGAGCACUCCAUGGAAAUGCCUCGCGAACCUGGGUUCUACCGCCCGAACGACGGCCAAACUGCUUAGGAAGUGGUUUCAUCAGCACCAGGAGAUCGCUCAGUCUCAAACCAAUCAAGGGUGCACUCUACAGGCACUUCUGAACAUUCACUUGACUCGGCUCAGAAACCAAUAGUGGUUUGUAUUGAAGACAUGAAGCCAAUGCUCAUGAACGUCAACGGCGAAAACAUACCAUUACCUAACCGAUUCACUUUUGACAUCCGCCCUAGGUGCUUCAAAAGCGACAACUCCAAUGAUUCAUCCAGCUCCCCUACCUUUGGAGAACUCAAACGCGUCCUAGAUCCCAGAAUCCUCAGCGGCAAAAUUUCCUCCGACUGGUUGACUAUCAACCGCGAGCUCCCGGACGAUAUCCAGGCUUUGCUAAACACUAUUCGGGAACUCCCCACAUCAGAUGCCCCUUCUAGAAAGCCCGAGAAUUGCCCAUACGAUGCGUCCCUGUCUAGCAAUAGACCCCAGGAUCUCAAAGACAGUACGGGCGCGUCUGAACGUUCGGAAACAAAGCCUCGAGAUGACGAGGAGGAACGCUUUCGCAACAUGAUCAACCGUCUCCAAAAGCGCCUGCCAACUCCAUCCUUGGUAAAGCCCAGGGUACCAAGCACCAAGUUACAACCUGCUGAUCCCGCCAUUUUGUCUGCCAAACUGAAGGAUGGUGCAGUGUUCGAAAAUACCCAACUGAACCAAGUCACCGAGCCGCACCCUGAAAGGAAGGGCAAAUUCAGCGACUCUGGGUACGCCAGCGGUAGUAACCCAUCGUGCAUCGUACAUUACUCAACGUCGGAGAGCUCUAGGGAUUUCCAAGACGAUCCCGCUGCGGCCACCAAAAGAAGUUUGGAGGCCCAAAGCGCAACCAAGAAACUAAACCCUGCAGCAGCUGAGUUCAGAAUUUCGACUGAUAGUGUACAUCUGCCAGUGCUCUCUCCCAAGAAGCUAUCUCGUGGCCCACUUACAUCGCUUCUUUUCAACCCAACUCCUGAUGUGGCUGUGGCCGGGGCUCUCCCCUCGUUGGAUAGGCUACAAACUGCUCAGACGAGGCAGGACAUAGGCAUUGCAGUUGAUAUGUUGCAGGUUCAACAGCCAAGUCCGGUCAAGUCUGGUAUGAAGGCCAAACAACGAAAAGCCUCUCAGGUUUCGCCCACCCAGCAACCUUGCCUUCCUCCUAUCCAACAUUUUUAUAAUCCCGCUCUGUCCGAUGUCAAUUCCAUGGCUCUUACCCAUCCCAGCUUGAGCUUACAGCCACAGAAACCCAAUGCAGCUCUGUCAUUCUCCCCUACUCCAUGGAUUGGAGGACCAGGGUUGGGCAACUUUGGGACAUUUCCACCACUUACCGCCCCAUCGAUGGCAGUUCCACAGUUCAACAUGCAAUCUCCGGAUAUGGCAGCAACUUUGGGGACUGGAACUUUCCUACCUUCAAUGCGGCCGCCCAUUCCACCCUUUGCGUCGGCUCCUAUCAGCGGCUUAGGAUCGAUGUACCCUCAGGCCGCAGUGCCAGCAAUGCCGCCAGUACAACCGUCGAUUCCACUGACAGGCGCAGGUCAACAAGCUCAGCCAGGAUCUAAGGUUGACCGCCCUUAUUUUCCCGUCACAACGAAGCCUCGGGUUCCGGAUCCGAUCAAGCAACAACAGUACGAGGAGUAUUUGGAAUGGCGCAAGGCCAAUGAGCCCGGAUACCACAUCAAGUGCAAGAUCCGACAGGCGAAUCGCGUGGUGCGUCAGCAUCAAUACCAAGCCGAGGCUCCCAAGCUUGAGGAACCGGGCAUCUCGCUUGCAUGGAAAGCGAUUGCUGAAAAGGCCAAGGCUGUGGUGGGAGCGGCUGAAGCUCGCCGUGCGGCGGAGAAGAAGUCGAAGCAGAACUCGGUGGUGGAAGAGUUCAAAGCCAAGAUCAUCGAGAGGGUCAUGGGGAGCUCUGAGACGAAGGAUGACAAGGAGGACUCUGAAAAGAAGAUGGAAGACGAACAGGCGGUUGAGAAAGAAGCCGAAAAAGCGACAGAGGACAAGGUAAUGGCUGAGAAAAUAACUGAGAAGACGACUGACAAGACAGCUGAGAAAACGGAAGAGGUUAAGGAAGGAGUGAAGGUAUGAUGUGGAAGAAAGCACAUAUUGGUAUUGGGAGCGAGUGGGGAUAAACAAAAUUGCUGCGGUUCUUAAUUCCUCUCAUAUGUAUACCAUGGAGAAGAAGAGACUGAGGAUCUCUUCUCUCAUGCUGACAUUCUUACUGGCGUCGGAUUUAGGGACUUGUCAUCACAGUUUAUGGUUAUCAAGACGAUGCGGAGCAUCGAUUUAUAGGUUAACCUCGCUAUAGUUAUGGUCGGCGGUUGUUAUUGAGCUAAAGGUGUCUGGGGAGAUUCUGUGAUACAUGCGGGUAUGGUUAUGAUUGAAAGACCAUCAUAUUGGU